AAUAUGUCCAGCAACCAAAUGGAAGUGGACGACACCGAUGUCGAGGAAUUUCAUGACAUCGAAGAAUUCUCGGAUGAAAUACCGACUUGCAGCACUACGCAUCCACAAACGAAGCGCUUCGUCGUGAAAAAGUGGCAGGCGCAGGCGCUUUGGUCGUGGGACGUAGCCGUCGAUAAUUGCGCAAUUUGCCGCAACCAAAUCAUGGAUCUCUGCAUUGAGUGCCAGGCGAAUCCGCUUUGUUCCGGCACUAAGGAGGAAUGCACGGUGGCAUGGGGCGCAUGCAAUCACGCUUUUCACUUCCACUGUAUUUCGCGUUGGCUCAAAACCCGCCAGGUAUGUCCGUUAGACAACAAGGAAUGGGAUUAUCAGAAAUAUGGCCGUUAGCCGGCAAGCAGCUAUUCUGGAUUUGCGCGCCA